AUGCUGAACGAUAUCAGUGCCAAUAGGCGUGAACAUUUCCUGUCUCUCGAUAACUACAUGGGAAAGCCGAAUAACACCAUCAUGUCGUCCGGUGCAUUCUUUCGUGAUGACAAAACAUUUCUGUUUUCUAAUGUUCGCGUGCCGGGUGGUGGUAAACCUAAGGCAAAAGUGGUCACUUUUGUCAGCCGUGUGCUCAAUAAUAACAACUUCACUGGUAUGACCGGCAACUGGGUCCCUUCCAAGAAGGCGGCUAAGCAUGGAAAACGGACAGCAAUGCUAGGACCUGCAUUCAAUGGCAAAUUCGAGCUUGACUGGGACCAAUCCAUUCAAACGUUGAAGGACAUUAUGUGCUUACUUACCAAGGACCGGAAUCACGAUGUCAAGUUUCUGUGGUAUGAAGAAGAUCCGACAAUGAACGAUGGGACGUUCAGGUUCGGAAGUCCACUAUUCCGUGCGUUGAGGGCUGGCGAAGAUCCUGACUCUACCAUUGUGACCAUUACCCCAGAAGGUCAGCAGAACACUCCGUUCUGGGUGGAGGCUCGGCAAGCGCAUGCAAUAGUUGAUUUUCCGGUGUUCGACUCUCUCGGCUCCAAAGUGGCUGCAAAUUGUGUACAGGGCGCAAUCAAAGGUGCAAUGGUCGCUGUUGACGUUGUUAUCCAAGGAUGGAAGUUCAAGUCCGACCCUAACUGGGGGUUUGCACUGGACCUCAAGAGGUUGACAAUCCUCGAAGAUGCACACGAGGCUGCUGAGGAUGUGGAUCUACCCCCCUUGCAAAUUCACCUGCCGGAUGUUGCAGUUGACAACGCUACAGUUCUACCUUUGAAGAAUGCAAUGGGCAAUGAAGACGCCCCCGGUUCAUUCGCACCGCUCACACCCCCUCCCUCGCAAUCGACAGUCAAUGCAGGUGUUAUGAGCACGGCUGCAUCUGGUAGUCAUGAUGUGCAGGUGCCAAUCGCUGUACUUAACACGGGACAAACUCCACAUACAGAAGCAUACAGAGGACGUUCUUCGGACAUGAUUAGGAAAAGAUGUCAAACAAUUGCUUAUCCUGGUGCACGGAAGCGCGUCCAGUGGCAAAACCUUGUUGUUGUGUGUCCCACAUUGGCUUUCAAGGGCGCCGCUAUGGAGCAUGGUGCUGCGCUUAUUGGCGGUGUUCCGAUGGAGUCCAUUCCACACGCGACUACAAUGGAUUGCGGCCAGGAAUAUUUCUUUGUCGAUGUGGGGAGUGCGUUGGAAAUGGGUGUAUUGACAGGAUGGUCUGAACAGUUGAACAAAAGGAACGUCGUUAUUUUUGCAGACAUUCAUCAGCUAGCCCCACUUAAGAAUCAUAAUCAAGCAUUCUGGCUGCACGAUAAUCCCAUCACUCACAAAUUUUUGUCCAAUGUACACUGGCUUGACACUGAGCCUAUACAUGACAGGACCUCAAACACAUUUCUGGACACAAUCAGGCUCGCGACAAUCGGACGUGACCAUAUACAGUUGUUGAAUGCAAGUGUUGCUAACAUGGCCUCCUUUGUCAAACGACAUGCAAGGCGUAAUGCAGUAGUCGUUAGUAAUUCCAGGGAGAGAUGCAAACAACUUAACCAGUUCCUUCUGAUUGAAGUCGCGAAGGCUCUCAAUGCGACGUUGUACAUGUUCAAUUCCUUCAACGACAUUACGUUUUCCAUUGGUGCAACCGUGACUAAAGCUGAACUGAAGCUGUUGCAAGAUAACAUUUGCGACUGUGGUGCUAUUCCUGGACGUAUGCCCGUUUACAUUGGAAUGCCCUGCUCAGUCAUCAUUGAUUCCACGCCUGUAUGGGGCACAAUAUUUGACAUUGAGCUCGACCCGAGAGAAUCUGCAGAAAUUCCGAGACAAUACGAGUGGUUCAUGGACGCCGAUGAAGAUGUGAUUGGUUACGUGGUCAGGACACAAGUGCCUUUAGCUCCAAGGUGGGCUGUGUUGGAAAAAGAGGUAGAUGGCCAGCAGUAUGACGCACUGCUCAUCGACACUGAAAAAGGAUGGGAUAGUAUUCAAAGUUGGUACAUGGUUGGUAGCAGAGUGCAAGGACAUGGUCUUAUUAACAUAAGCCAGCAAGUUGAUGGAAAGUAUACGGACAGUUGGCUCCAAUCAGUUCGUGAAUGCAUGCUCCAGUUGCUUUGUCUGAAAACUACUGUGUAA